AUGAAAAACCAGUAUAUCCUACGUGCAACAGCUUCCGAACGACCCUGCUUUGUUUGUUCAAAGUUUUCAUCGGUAGUUCUUACGUCGGCCGAUAACUCCAACGAAGAUUGGUUUUACGUUUGCAAAUCUCAUCUUAAUGACGCUAAUUUUUGCUCAAGGAAUGGCGGAGCCUCACCACGACCGGCAUCGCCAGCUUCUCCAAAACCCCCCGUAGCCAAAAAUACCGAUGCCAAGCCAGAAUCCAAUAGCGUUUCAGACCUCUUAUCUGGCAUAGGAACUGGCAUAUGGAACACAUGGAAAGGCAAUACAAAGUCAGACGACGAACAAGCCAAGGAAAAAGACAAGCAGAAUGAGGAUGCUAAGAAGACAACUUCUGCACAGCCGGAUUCUCCAACCCCGCCUCCUGCAGCGUCAACCCCACCUUUGAAACCCACUCCUGUGACCUACAUAUUGCAUCGGGACUUUUAUUACCUACGAGAGCGAGAAGUGCAGAAGAGGAAGGCGAAGAAGGAUGCCGCUGCUAGACUGCAAAGUAUGCAAUUUCCAGAGGUUCCCAAAACCAUACCAGGAUCCCUCGCCAAACCCAACUAA